AUGUCGGACACGGAGCACGAGCAGACAAAGGAGCCAGCGAGCGGGGCAAAUGUCAAACCGCCGGGCAAGAAGGAAAACGUGGCCACGGCUCCCUCGUCGGAUAAUGACGUCUCGGAACCCUUAGUGUACGGCGCAGUGAAUCGAGUUGCUGUUCGUUUGCCCCCGUUCUGGCCAGACGACCCAGAAAUUUGGUUUGCCCAGGUGGAGGCGCAGUUUGAAGUUACGGGUACGAAGACCGACUCCACUAAAUUCUACACCGUGGUCCAACAGCUAGAUCAGAACGCUGCCAGGGAAGUACGCGACAUCAUUACAAAUCCACCCGCGAAAGGCAGGUAUGAAAAAUUAAAAUAUGAAUUGGUGCGACGGUUAUCGAUGUCACGCGACGAGCGCUUACGGAAACUUCUAGUAAAGGAGGAGCUAGGCGAUCUGAAACCGUCCCAGUUUUUGCGUAAAUUACAAUCGCUAGCCGGUACAGGAGUGAGUGACGAAUUUUUAAGAUCGCUGUGGUCGAGCCGUUUGCCCAUUAAUGUUCAGCAAAUUAUCGCUUCGCAAAAUGUAAGCCUCAGUGAUUUAGCAGAUUUAGCCGAUAAAAUAACUGAAAUAUCGCCACCUAAUAAUAUGCUUCAAGUAGCCAGCACCAGCUCAGCGGCCGUUCCGUUGUCAUUUGAGGGUAUGCUUUCAAAAAUGGAAGAGUUCAUCACAAGCCGUAUUAAAUCCGAAAUUACCCAACAGAUCUCUCAGCUGAACAUUCGAGAACGACGAGGCCGCAGCCGUACGCCACAGGGUCGAGGCAACCGGUUAGCCCGGUCUAGAAGCAGGGGUCGUCAACAUUCGCAGAGCCGUACUCCAGGUAUUUGUUGGUACCAUAAUUUAUUUGGCGAUGACGCCGAGAAAUGCACCAUCCCGUGUAGUUACAAAUCUUCGGGAAACCUGAACGACAGUCAGUAG